UCAUACCAAAAUGUGUGGCAAAGAAUGAAAUUGGAUAAACCCUCCCCAAUAUUUCAUUUCCACUCACACAAAUUACACACCCUCCCAAAAACUCAGAGGCCAAAUCUUUGAAGAAGCUCAAGCUCAGCUAAUUGCCAUGGCCAACAUGAUAAUGGCCUCCUCCAAGGUCCCAAUCUCGGCCCCUGCUUCCUCCAUAGCAAAGCCCAAGCUCCUCCCUCUGCAAGUCCCCAUCCCUAAAUCACUCACCAAACCCCAUGUCAUUCAAUCCCUCAAAUCCCUCUCCCUCAUCGCCGCCACCUCCCUCGCCGCCGCCCCGCCGUCGCUGGCAGCCGAGAUCGAGAAGGCGGCGCUGUUCGACUUCGACCUGACCCUGCCGAUCCAGGCCGUGCAGUUCUUGCUGCUCAUGGUGGCCCUCGACAAGCUCUACUACUCGCCGCUGGGGAAGUUCAUGGACGAGCGGGACGCGGAUAUUAGGGCGAAGCUGGGGAGCGUGAAGGACACGUCGUCGGAGGUGAAGCAGCUGGAGCAGCAGGGGGUGGCGAUCAUGAAGGCGGCGAGGGCGGAGAUAUCGGCGGCGCUGUCGAAGAUGAAGAAGGAGACGCAGGCGGAGGUGGAGGUGAAGCUGGCGGAGGGGAGGAAGAAGGUGGAGGCCGAGUUGCAGGAGGCGUUGGUGAAGUUGGAGGCGCAGAAGGAGGAGACCAUUAAGGCGUUGGACGCACAAAUUGCGAAUCUCAGUGACCAAAUUGUGAAGAAGGUUCUUCCUCUGUAAUUUUCAGAGUUUGGAGUUACGUAAAGUUAUGUAAGAAUUGAAUAUAUAUGUGAAUUGUUUUUUUGGGAUGGGAUUUCAUCCUGUCCAGGUUAUGUGAAAAAUUACUGCGCUUA